AUUUUAAUUUAACGUGGGAAUGGCUACAGCGAAGAAAGCUGAAGAAGUACCAGGCAGUCUUAUUUACAAACGGAAAGGUAGCGGACAGGUGUUUAAGGAUCCUUUGAAAAAUGUUCCUGUAAAUGCCAGCAGAAGAAAAAUAGUAGACAAAACUCAGGAACUUUUAAUGUUUUCUUACUGGCAUAAUUAUUUGGCAAGUAAUACUUCAUUGCCAGACCAUAUUCAAAAGAAACUUAUUUUGCCUCCUAUGGAGAUCAAGCCUGAAGAACCACCAUGUUCUGCUUUAAAAAUUGACUCUCAUACAGGCAGUUUUAACAGUUCCAACACAAUUUUUUCCUUUCACACUAUGAGCAAACCAACUUGUGGUUAUCGAUACACUAGAGAAACAGAUCACAAGAAGAGACUUAUAGGAGUGUUACCUUCAAAUGUUGUAAGGUGGAGACCCAGUGAGCUUGAGAGAAAUACAAAGUUAACAAAAAUACUUAUGGUUCCAUUAUGCUUUUGUUCUCCUCAACCUGAAGUCGAUCUCUGUAGUAUAGGAGUCUAAGCAAAAACUGGUAUAAUAAAGUGC